AUCCACAGAUUGCAGACACGCGUGUCCCUGCUGUCUCUGCUGCUGAAUGCUGAGGUGUGCCGAGAGGCGACUUAACCUGCCACCUGACCAUUUUCCCGCCUCUGCUAUUUGAAGAAAAGAUGUCACAAGUGUCAAGGGUUCCAUUUUCAUUUAAAGAGCCGACGGAAAUGCCCGAGCUCCUCAACUGCCCUGUACAACUUGCUAGCCGACGGCGGUUCGUAUCUUUGCACAGGCGACCCGUUCUUACUUCCAGGAGUUUCUGCGAAGUCUUGUACUUUUCUCUGCAAGCGUCGUUUCGCGUUGCCAUCUCUGACGAGCAUUCACAUGCUUCGUAGCUCUGACUCCAGUCCUUACACACCCAGUCGUCCUUCUCAAUGCGAAGUCAAAGGCGGUGCUCCACGCGCGCGCCACAAACGCUGUCCGUCUGUUCCUGCCGGGCGAGGACCUUUUUCGUCGCAGAAGCUUCCGCUCUGCCGCGCAUAUUCCCGCAAACGUCUGACAGACUGCAAUGCAGCCACGGCAGCAUCCUCCCAGUCGGACUCAGGUUGAAGUAUACUCUGAGAAGCAUUGGCCGCUCGGUGUUCCACCUUCCUUCCCCAUCUCUGCGGAGACUCCGCACGGACUGUUCCCCGGGAGAUCUGUCGCAAGGAACACGAUUUAUCGUUUUUUUCUGUGAGAGGAAGCGGGUAUGUGCUUUCAAGGGCUCCCGGACCUUCGAGACACCACCGGAACGCCCUCUCCUCUGGCUUUUCAAGAGUUCGUAUGUCUGUCCAGUUGCCGCAAUGUCAAAACACUCUCAUGCUGGGUUUUAAAUAUUACUCACCCAAAUUUUGUUCACUAAAACGCUUCGCGUUUCGGUGUAGUUGGUUCAGGGGUCGCCUCGCGGCGUUCCACCCUGUAGCGCCACCCCUAUCCGACAUUUCCACACGUUUGUUUUUCGCCGCCUUUCCCCGAGUUCUGCACACCUUGUUUGCGUCUCAUUUCAUUCGGAAAGUGACUGCUUUCCCACAGAGUCGCCGGUAGUCGCGAGAAUGUGGCCGGCUGCGGCGCCGUCGUCCUGCUCCUCUCGAGAGGGGGGGUUUGUCACCGCGUCUCCGUUGAUCUCUGGCGACUGCGGCCGAGAUGCGUGUGAAGCGCAAGCGGAUUCUUCGCCUUGGCAUUCAAACGCGAAAAGGAGAAAAAAAAGUCACUCGUCCCUGCCUCCCUUCCGCCCGACGCCCUUCACACGGGGCCGAGCCCCCGAUUCGCAUUCGCCUACUGCGGCACCUCGGUCUGCUUCUCCAGCGCAUGCGCUCUCUUCCCUGUUGUCAAGAAACGCAUUUCCACGCCACAUGCCGCCCGCAGGUCCGUCGCUCUCCUUCGGCGCAUGCGCGAUCGCUGCAGAUGCGGCGGCUCCUGCAAAGUGCUUGUCCCUCGGUUUCUCCGCGGGAUCUGGAACUUGGAGGACUCGCGGCAGUCCAGAUAACAGGGUGGACACACUGACGACGCAACAUGCCCCCUGGCUGCGCGACGUGGACACCGCAGAAAACAGUAUCGCGGACGAACUGCAUCGCGUGAGGUGCUGCGUAGCGGCUGGCGAGAGAGCUAACUGGUUCUUUUCUGAGGACCGCAGCCUGCUCUCUCUGGAAGCCGGCGACGUUGCGGACGACCCAGAGACUGCAUGCGCGUCUCCCGGGGUGCGGGGGAACAUUGCCCUCCCGUCUCUGCUCGUCAGCAAUCGAAUGCAUGGUUCCUCUCGCCUCGGAGGCGAAGCGGAAGGAAGCGUCUCUCCGGAGAGAAUGGAGAAAGCCAGUAGACGACCGACACGGACGCGCCGUGGUUUUGCGGCCUUUCUUCUGGACGCCGAGGUUCCGGCUUCGUUCCUCGACAAUCGGUGCGGACCGACAGGACGGUCGUCGGCGCUCAACUCGAGGGCUCUGGAUACGCGCUCGAUGUUCGCGGAGAGCUUCGCAGAGACAGACACCAAGGACGUGACUAGUUCCUGGACAGACGCCACCUUCCGCUGCGGUCUUCUGGGAACGCGCAGAAACGGAUCCGUGGAGCUGCGUGCACUGAACCGAGAGGCGUAUCGACGCUUCGGGGUGAGUCGCCUGUGGCCGAGCAAGCCGCGGAGAAACUUGGAUCUUCCGGACUCGGUGCUCCAUCCGUUUCCUGCGCUCCCGAUGGACUGGUCUGCAAAGAAGGGAUUCUUCGCCACGGCGCUUCUCUCGCGGCUGUACAUCGCAAACACCGACGAGUCCUGUGCGCCGGAAGGCGGCGCGCUCUGUCUCUGGGACACAGCAGUGCCCAGGGGAGUCUACGACCCUCACGCCGGGCAGUUCCUGCCUCUCGCCGCUCUGGAGGCGUCUGCGGAGUCGCCGUCUGCGUCGCAAGCCGAAGGAGACACCCGCGCGGCGGGCGUCUCGCAGCACUCCGCCUUGCCUGGGUUUUUCCGGGGGCCGCGCGGCGCGGAACGCGCGGGGAGAGAGCAGGCGAGGGAGAGCGAACCGUGCGUCAGUGAGGCGGCGUCGACGCUCUCGCAAUCCCAAGAGUGUUCUCCCUUCCCCUUCGGGGCCUCCCAAGACUUUGCGUUUCUCUCGGCUUCCGCGAGAUCCACCACCCGUCGCCACUCCCUUCUCCGCACCUCGUCCUCGGGGCCGUCCCCCGACGGCCUUCAAAGCCCACCUGCUCUUUUUCUCCCGUCAGGUUCUUCGUGUGCCUGUUCUCGACGCCCCGCAUCAGCUGGACUCUCUUCGUCUUGCUCCUGUGCUCUCGGGUCGCCGUUUCCACUCCUGCUUUCGCCCGUCCCGAGGGACGAGGAGGCAGCCGGCAGCCUCGAGGCUCUCUGUCGAGAGCGGAGAUCCCGGGGGUCUGUUCACCAGUCGGUUUUCGUGUCUCCAGGUGUCGCGACAUCCCGUACGAGCGAGGAACAGCCGGAAGGAGGCCUCGAGCGUCUUCGGCCGUCGUGGGCUCCGGCGUCCCUGCCUCCCUCCAACGCUUCUGCCACGAUUCUCCAGUCUCUCGCUGCGUUUCUCCGACCGUCGUUGUCCGUGACGUCGCCUCCGGGCCUCCCUGAACCCCCGCAAGCGUCCCCGCCGGCGGCCGCUGUCUCUGCUGCGCCUCCACUCCCUCUUCGUCUCCCCUCUCUUUCGCCCCGCGCCCUCGCUCCGCCAGCCGGUGUUCCCGCGGGAGCUCCCGCGUUCAAUCCGAUGGUCACUGCUGUGCGCUUCUCGCGGACAGACGAGGCAGUUCUCGCGGUGGGCUUCGAAAGCGGAGAAGUUGAGAUUUGGGCGCCUUUCCCAGCGACGGAGUCUCCGCUGGCGUCCAGGCCCUCGCGGCUGACGCGUCCCCUAUGCGUCUCGAGAGAGGCUGUCUCGGACCCUCGAGUGUUCGGCGCAGGUUGGAGCAGCUUGCAGCCUGUCCGUGGAAAGGCGAGUGCAGGUGCGUGCGAGAAAGAACUGCAAGGAGAGAACUCAGGCGCGAAUGCCACGGAGAGAACAGGGCGCCGCGGUGAUGCCUGUCGACAGGCGAGAGAGAACUGGAGAGCAGACGCGGGGAGAGGAAGCGAAGCGCAGGGUGCAAGAGGGCGAGUGAGAGAGGGCGGUGAGGCGAGAGAAGGGGGUGUUCCCCGCGACUUAAACAGAGGGGAGGCUACCCCAGGAGGUAGAGAUGAAGGCGGAAAGGGAGUCCGAGAUGGAGAAAGCAGCGGUUUCUCUGCGAAGCGCCCUUCGUGGAGGCCGGAAGAAAACAGCCCCGUCGUCUCGCUCACGUGGCACCCUUCGGUCCUCCUGCUUGCAUCGGGGCAUGCCAGCGGAAUUGUCAUUCUCUGGAGAUUUUGCGAGAAGACGGAGAGACCCGAGACGUCGCGGAGGUUCGAAUUUGUACAGGGAGAUCGUCCCUGGAUGCAGAGCGACGACGAAAACGCAAAUCUCCUUUUUCUCGAGAAACGCUUCCCAAGAGUGCCCUCGCACGAAGAUAAGAUCGCCACGAAUCUACAAAUGAUUCGUCUCCACGUUCUUCGUGUCGAUCUCAUCUCGUUUGCUCCAUCCUCUGUCUCCUCGUCUGUCUCUGCUUCGCUCUCUCCUCUCUCUUCUUUGUCUCCGUUUUCUUCCUGCGUGGCUUCGUGUUUGCCUGCGAUUCAAUCGCCGGCUUGGGAGCAGAGGCGAAGGUCCCCGUGCGGGUCUGAAGAAGCGCUGGAAGCGAGGCGGUGGGCUUCCGAGUCCCUCAGAGCCUUCACAUCUUGUGAAGGCUCUGAGGGAACUACGACUCCUAAGAAUCCAGGCGAAGAGGACAAAGUUUUUACCGAGUGGCCAGUCUGCAUGGCGUGGGACGGGCAGGGCGAGUGUCUGGUUAUCGGCGGGAGUCGAGGCUCUCUGACGUUCUUUGCUCUCUCGCAUCUGUGCGACUACCUCCGCAAUGUGGAUCGCUUGCAGUCUCGCUUCUCGUGGCACUUGAACGUUUUGAAGAACGGCUUCCUCGCCCUACAAAACUCCGGCCUUUCCGAUGACGCCUCUCACGCGGAGACCCCUUCACCGCUCACGCCCUCGAGGGUGGACAGCUUCUCAGACGGAGUUGAGAGAACACGCAGAAGCUCUCCGCGAGUCGAGGAGCACCAGACGAGCUCGAGAGAGGAAAAAGCUGCGACAGCAGCGGCGUCCAAAACUGUCUCGUCUCCCCUCGCUCCGAGCUCCUCUACGCAGCACGGACCGACGCGCCUCGCCGCCUCGUCGGCUGUCGCAACUUCUUCGCUGCUGAACAACCUCGAGAUUCGCGAGCAAAGGAACGGCGUAUCCAGACGAGGAGUGGGGGCAUGGAGUCCGAGCACAGAGAACAGAAGAGACUGUCUCCUCUCUGACGACGAAGCGCCUUCUCACUCGAAGUCCUCCUUCGCAGACUGCCUUCCCGGGCUCCUCGCCACGGUCAGCGACGCCUCCACGCGUACUGGCUCCUCGCCGCCAGACACUCCACAGGGUGUAUGUACACCUGGCAGAGCAGUGGUGGGAGGCGCGGGGGCCUUCGCCCUCAAGUCGUUCUCCAGGGCGUCGGAAGAGGCGAGGAAGACUGAAAAGGAGAACACGGCUGAGAAGGAGAAGAACGAGGAAUCGACGAGUGGAAAGGCGAGGAAGGAUGGAACGCAAGGAUGCGACGGAGGCGAUGAUAGAGCGAGAGGGAAAGCGAGAGAGAUGAAUGCAGAGAUGUCGAUGAGGAGCGAAGCGUGCGAGGAGAGAAACGAUGGAGCCUUCUGUCCGAGCGGAGCGGCACAGAGGCGAGGUGGAGAGACUGGUGAAGAUCGCCGACUCUCAGGAACGGAAGAAGCCGUCGAGAUCGAAAGCGAGAACUCGAAAGGACUUCUUUCUCCGAAGCUGCCGAACCUCAGAAAUCCGACAUCCUGCGAAGACGAGGGAAGUGGGGGGGACCCGGUGGAUUCGCCAGUUCUACCUGUGUUGCUCGGCCGAGAGAAAGCGACGAGAAACGUCGCCUCGGCGCGGAGCUGCGGAGCCCCCCCAGGCGCCCGGGGGACUCUUGAGUGGAGAGAGAGCAGCGAGCAGGAGAGAGUGGGCCUUCUGAAGGAAGGACGCGGGCGGGAGGCGGGGGUCGACGUUGCAGGAGAUGCGAGGCGCGAGUUCCUGGAGCAAGAGCACAGGACCUUCUCGUGCUUUCACCGGGCACACGAGUCCCUUCUGCUCUCCUUUCUGCCCGAGAGAACGCCUGGAAACGUUCGCGUCAAAGCUGGGCUGUUUGCGGCUCGCGCCGCGCCACCCUGCCUGCAUGCACGCAGGAGACGUCCCAAAGAAGCGACCGCAGAAAAAAGCAGAGAGAGACGAGACGAAGGCAGCGAGGCUCGGGACCGCCGUGGGUUCUGUCGGGAGGUCCUGGGAGUCCGAAACCUGCUGGGCCGAGCGCAUGCAGGAGGCGUCACGGCGCUCGAGUGGUGCGUCCACGACGCUUCUGUCCUCGUGACAGCAGGCGAAGAAUUUGAGGAAGGGGAGACAGAGAGCGAAGAGAAAGUCGCGAACGACAGGGACGCGGAGCGACGGCUCGCAGGCAGCAGCGUGGCUCUGUGGAGAAUCAAAGAAGGCAGGCGAUACGAGGCAGAUCUCCUCUUCGCCAUUCGUCUCGAGGGCUUGGUGACGUCGAUGCUCUGGAGUCACUUGACAGGCGAGCUUCUCAUGAGUCACGCAAGCUGCGCGAGGCCGUGGGCGCCUUCUUUGUCUUCCUAUUCUCUUCCUGCCUCCUUCGCCACUGGUUCUGCCUCUCACUCUUCUUCCCCGUCUUCUUCUGGCUACUUUGCUUCGCCUGCCCCCUUCAGCUUCUCUUCGGCGGAGGAGACAGUUCUCGCGUUCAGACGAGAACUCACGGCGUCACGCCCAAGACGGCCACCGCCUUCUUCCUCGCCUUUCUUUCCUCGACUCCCAGAGCGCGAGAGAGAAGAGCGCGAAGAGGCGGACAGCGACGACAUGGAAAUAGAGGAAGGGAGAGCAAAGAAACAUGCGUCAAAAAGCUCCGAGCGCGAGUGGAAAACAGGGAGCAGUCGGGGACGGUGGGGUGUCACAGUGUGGAGAUAUGUGACCGAGGAUGAUCGCAGCGUGUCUUCUGAGCAUUUCGAAAGAACGUCCUCCUGGCCGUCGCUUCCGCGCUUUGAAUUGAGAAGACAUUUCGACGCGAGAGUGAGAGGCUGUCGGGCGCCUCGCCUCCCCGCUCUCGUGAAGGUGGGAGAGCUGGGGACUCCGCCAUGCCUCAAGACACGCCCCGUCUCUGCGCCUCAGAGCUCCUGGCUAGCUGACGCAGCUAGCCAGAACGCGAGCCUCCACCAAGACACGCUCUUCUUCUCCAGACGUGCAGACGGUGCGGAGCCGGUAACUCGAGUCGAGUCGGCAACCACUGACAGAUACGACCUUCUCCAAGAUCAUACUGUACUCACACAAGGCCCAGUGUCGAACUCUUUGCUGUCUUCCUCUUCAGCCUCCUCAUCCUCUUCUUCUUCUCCUUCCUCUCCACCUUCGUCUUCCUUAUCCUCGUCUUCCUUAUCCUCUUCUUCGUCUUCUCUGCCUUCUUCCUCCUCUCUUCCCUCUUCGUCUUCGGAGACGGUUGCUGCGUCCGGCUCUCGGCCGUCUGAGGGCCGCGAGCAUGUUGCUGCGAGUGCGUUCGUUGAAGACCGUUUUGCGGAGCGUGACUGGCCUUUGUCCCCGAAGCAUGCGCCGACGGAGGCGCCGCUCUACCUGGAAGUCGACAACGCGAGCUGCUUGAUUCAGAGUGCAGACGGGCGCGUCGUGGCGUACUGGUCUCUGCCGACGGAGCUCAUCACCGUCUGGGAGUUGCCGCUUCCCCUCUGUGAACGUUCUGCGCAGAACGACACCGAAGAAGAGAGCGACUUCGACGAGGGAGGAAAGGAGGCGUUUGAGGCAGCAGAAACCAGCUCUGAGGAAGGGCAAGUGUCGGAAGCUGAAAGAGAGAGUUUCGUAGGCGAGGGCCGAGAAGAGCCCAGGAACGAGGAGAGAGGUGCACUGGAGAGAAGAAGUACGGAGGUCGGCAGAGAGAGGGGAGAUGGUGGACGCACUGAAGACAACAGCGGCUGUGCAGAUGCUUCACGAGCCAGGUGCUCGCUCGGAGACAGAACCGCCGGCUCUAAGAGGAUCAGACCGCAAGGCCAGAUGACCUCGGUCGAUCCCAGUUUCUCUCGAGGAGGCCCCGGGCUCGGCGAUUCGCGAUCUGAAGAGAACCGAGGCCGCAUUCUUCGCACUCCGCGCACCGUGCGUUCUCUCUGGGAGGUCGCCGCUCUCGGCAGACGAACGCAUCGGAAACUGGAGACCGACCGAGAGUGGAUGUCGACGAAGGCACAGAGGGUCGGAGAACAGGACAGAGGCAUUCGAGAGUUCUUUCAGAUCCGCAGAACCGGACAGACAGUCGCAGCCAUGCGCUGAACAGGUCUCGUGCAGAGAGAAGACGAGAAGGCUGGAGGAACUCUGUCCUUCCGAGCCUCGAAACCGACUGGCUGCUUUCCUCUGCAUGCGUCAAGAGACGAGAUUGCAUGCGCUCACCUCAAGUUGCAGGGACUGCAUGCGCGCGUCUGUGGAACUGAACAUUCAAGGCGUCAACAGACGCUUCCUGUCCUCUCAAGUCCAUCUGCCGCGGGCGGUCCCUCCUCGAGCGUGGCCAGCGAGGCUCUGCAGCGAAGGCGAAGGUGACACACGCGUCAGAGAAGAGGAAAAGCGGCGCGGCCUUUCUGAGGAGACAGUCGAAGAGAGAGGAGAGGCCGCGGACGGACGGCAACUGGAGACUGGGCGAGAGAGCGCGAUGAAGAGAGCGUCGCGCAGCUGCCGUCGAAGACGCUGAGAGUUAGAGUCACCUGGAGAGAGACGAAGGAGGGGACAGAAGAGAGUAGCACAAAAGAACGAGAAAGGGAAGACGGCCUACAGAUGUAAGAAAGAGAACAAGAGUGGAAGAAGAGGAGCGUGAGAGAUGGCAGAGGGUGUUGACACGAUGCCUCCUGUGAGGACGAACUCUUGGCCAUUCUUCAUCCCGUCAGUCGAGAGCGAAUGCCACUCAGUUUUUCAGGGAUAUUUGCUGUUUUCCCUAUGAAGACCAAGUCUGCAACAAAAAGAAACGUAUUUCUGUGUCGAAAGAAGGAGCCACUCGCGGGGAUAUUUCGUGUGAAUCUCAAUCGCGCAUGUGAAGAGUGUUUUGUGUCUUCGCCUGUCUCCUUGAAUCGCAAGCGCAAAAGGAGAAGCGAAAGAAACGCACAUGCCUGGAAAGCCCGCACGGCUGGGUUCCCCUUGCCAUUUUUUUCGACAAAAACUCUUGGCUUUUUUCCAGUUCCUUUUUUCCCUCGGAUCCUCCGAGCGAGAAAGGCGAAACAUGCACCAGCUCGCCGCUUCUCUCCGGUGUACAGGCACCUGAAAAAGAGCGGAGACAAGGGUGGAGAGAAUCCCCCUGCAAACGAGGGUGUUAUGUACAGAGGGCCGCGCCUCUCUGGCGUGAGUUGAAGGGCGUCGCGCGAGAAACAAAUGGUGCAUACGGCGGGAGCUAGACACUGGAAUAGAUACUGCAGUGUACAGACAGCUGAGAGUGCUGGCUUGCAGUGCCCUGAGUCACGCUGCUUUCACACCGGAUUAUGGUCUACGCGUGAUGUCGAAAAGUCCGCAUUUUCAACGCACUCUUCAGUUUCGUUUCGAGAGAAAAGGGAGCGAAGCGCGACAAAUUCCUCUACUCUGUGCUGUCGAGACACUCCAAAGAGAACUCACAGCCUUCCUCGAUGAGAGGCGAGAAAGAAACCAAGGUGGCAGCGUGAAUCUUCUGGGGUCGCUAUAGAUACCUUUCUCGCCAUACAUGCGAGGUUGCUGCUUCACCG